AUGUUGAGAUUUAGCAAUACAUCACAGCUGAUAUCAUCCACCUCUCUGUUGAAGAGAGUGGUGUUGCAGCAACAACCUCAACUGCAACAACCUCAACAACCAACAGGAACAAGAUCAUACGUAAAGAAGAUGGUCACAAGGAGAAUGUACAACAGCAUAAGGACAGAGACAGUCAAUUGGGACAACAUUCGUCGCUCAGAGACACUGGAGGCAUUAUGUCUACCACCUGCGAUCAAGGACGAGAACAAACUCAAGAUGGAGGCACAGAACGUCGACAGCACCGAAGCCGAAAACGCGUCCAGUGCACAGAAUGCCACCUCUGACCUGCUCGACAUGAUCCACAAGAUCAAGUAUGAGGAGUCGCGCGAGGAGGUCGACCUGUCGCCCAACGUGACACCACGCGCUGUCACUGCGCGCUCACUCGUCAGAGCCUUCUGGGACCCAGACUACAUCACGCGUCAACAGGACCAAUACACCAAAAAGACCAAGAAGUCAAGGUUCUACUAUCAAGCCGGCGAGAACUCUGUUAUGUUUGAGUUUGCCAGGCUGAAGCUUGAGGAGAUCAACAAAAUGGAGUUGAAGGAGUUGGAGAGACAGAAGAAUGUUGUGGAGUACGCAAAGCUGUUGAAGGAGAAGACAAAGGAGGAGAUUUCCUCCAGCAUGGCCAAGGUCUAG